ACCCAUUCCUAAAUAUAUAUCGGUGAAUGUUUACGUGUUAUUUUAUUCUCCCGCGUAAAAUAUUAAGUAUUUUUUUCUAUUAAAUAAAGAAAAAUUUAGUGUUGUGAAUAGAAAAUAUAAUUGUCAGAUCAUUGAUAAAUAAUAAUGUCAACAACAGAAGUGACAUUUUCAUGUAAAAAACCAGCGAAAAUUGUAAAAUGGAAAGUAUCACCUGGAACAAUGGUUUCGCCAGGAAAAGUGUUACUUUUAUAUAAAACAUUGUCAACAAAUAAUGAUGACAAUAAAAAUGUUGAAGAAAAACUUCGUUCUAAAACAGAACGUGGUCUUGUCAAAAAAUUUUUGGCAAAAUCAAAUGAUAUUGUACAACCAGGACAAGGAAUACUUCUGCUCGAGGCAUGUAAACAUAACACAGUAAUGAAGGAUCUUUGUGCCGAUUGUGGAGUUGAUUUAAGAGAAGGAGAUGGUGUCGUUGAAUGUCAAGCGAGUAUAUCAAUGGUACAUAGUAUUCCCGAAUUGAAAGUAUGUCCCGAAUUGGCUCAACAAAUUGGAAAAGAAGAUGAACAAAGGUUACUUAGUGAUAAGAAAUUAGCGCUUUUAGUUGAUCUUGAUCAAACCAUUGUUCACACAACUAACGACGAUGUUGACCCGAACAUAAAGGAUGUCUAUCACUACAAACUUCCCAGCCAAAGAUCACAAUGGUAUCAUACACGUUUAAGACCUCAUACUCUACAUUUUCUUCGUGAAAUGAGUAAACUUUAUGAAUUACACAUUUGUACAUUUGGAGUUCGAGAAUAUGCUCAUACAGUCGCUGCUCUAUUGGACAAAAACGGUGAACUCUUUUCUCACAGGAUACUCUCUAGAAAUGAGUGUUUUGAUCCUGGAUCUAAAUAUCCUAAUCUCAAGGCUCUAUUUCCCUGUGGAGAUGAAAUGGUUUGCAUAAUAGACGACAGAGAAGAUGUUUGGCAAGGAUGUAGAAAUUUGGUACAAGUAAAGCCUUAUUUUUUCUUUCAACAUUCGGCUAAUAUUCAUGCACCUCCCGGUAUGAAUAAAGUAAACGAUCAAAGGAAAUUAGAAUCAUACGAUUGUAGUGAAUCGCCAGAAGAAAAUGAGGAUGACAAAAAUGGUGUAACGGAGGAAGUUUAUCAGGAAGAUGAGGUCGAGGAUAUUAAACCCGAGACAAAAAUUGAUAGUGAACAAGACGAGGAAAUGUUAACCGAUGAUAUUACUAAAGAACAAUGCAGUGAAAUUACUAAUGAAACUAAAGAAAAAGUUAAAGAUAUUCCCACUGAUAGUGAUAAAACUGAAAAUAGUGAGGAAACUGAAACAAAAGUCAACGAAGUUAGCAAAGAAAAUGAAACUCAAGUUAACGAAAGUAGUCCUGAAAUUGAAACUAAGACCAACGAAGUUAAAGAACCAGAAACUAAAAGUAACGAAAUUAGUAAAGAAACUGAGACAACUGAGACUAAAUGUGAUGAAUCGGCCAAGGAAACGGUGACAGAAGAUGCAGAUCAAGCAGCAGAUGAUGCAGAAAAAUUAUCUCUGGAGGAAAAAGAAGAGAAAUAUGUACAAGAAAAGGAUACAAAAGGUGGGGAUGAAUCGAACGCCGACGUAGAGUGUGAAGAUCAGGAUGAUUAUUUAUUGUACUUAGAGGAUAUUUUGCGGAGAAUUCACACUGAAUAUUACACUGAUCUUGAAAAUGAAAAGGAACGAAGGUCAUUGUGUGAUGUUAUACUGAAAGUUCGAGCCAAGGUCUUGCAAGGUUUGACUUUAACAUUUAGUGGCAUUAUACCAAUUCACCAGAAACUUCAUCAGAGUCGGGCUUACAAAGUGGCUCAAGCUUUCGGAGCACAAGUCACUCAGGAUUUAAUGGACGAGACGACCCAUUUGGUUGCAAUGAAACCAGGAACACAAAAGGUGAAUACUGCGAAAAAACGGGGGAACAUUAAAGUUGUGAAUCCAGAUUGGCUUUGGACGUGUGCAGAACGUUGGGAACAUGUCGACGAAAGAUUGUAUACACUUUCAUCAAAAGUACGAGGAUCAAGAAUUCCACCACCACACUGCAGUAAUCCGGAAUCAUCCCGUAAACGAUCGGAGAAAAAUUCUUUCGCCAAUACAAUAAAUCCCCUUUAUUUCGUUAGUGAGGAAGAAAUUAACGAUAUGGACAAAGAAGUCGAGGAAGACAUGAAUGACAUUGAACUUGAUUUCCCUAUCGACGAUCAGGACAAUCCUAAUGAAUUGCGUUUAAAGAGAGAUCACGAAAGUUCCGAAUCUGAUUCAGCAGAAGAUUCAUGUCCAACUGUUGUGAAGCGGUUGAAGAAGAAUGAAGAUUCAAGUGAAUCUGAUGUAGAAAUUAACGAUCGGGAUGAUAAUAUCGAUGUUGAUGAUGAUGAAUCAAAAGAAAAUAGUCAACAAGAUGAUGAUGAGGAUGAUGAUCCAAUAGUGCGUUUUAGGCGAGGAGAAGGUUUACCAGAUGAUUUAGAUCUAGGUGAUAUUUCCGAAGAUUCAGUAGAAAUUGACGACACUGAAGAUUAUGAAGAUGAACGAGAAUGGAACGCAAUGGGUGAAGCUCUUGAGAGAGAAUUUUUGUCUGAUUAAGUUAUCGCUUUAUCAUCUCGUCAGCUUUUGAAAUGUGAGAUUUGAGUGCUUUAAAGGAUACCAACAUACUCGUGAAUGUGAUCUCGGUUUUAAAAAUUCUAUAAAUAGUUGCUUUAAUUUCUUUUCUUUUAAAAAAAGUCGAUUUUGACCGUGGUCACAAUUACAUAAAAAAAAUAUGCCUGGGUCCUUCGAUUGGUAAAAUAAACCAUUUUACAGACUGUAUAUUUGUACUAUUUGUGUAUUACUAAUUCAAUUAUAUUAUUUGAGAUGAAAAGGAAAACUUGCAUAUUAAUCGCAAGUUACUGUUUUAGAUUUUUUUUACAAAUAAAUUAAAACAUUUAAAAAAUGCGCUUUUAUAAUUUAUAUACGUUAAAACAAAAGAAAGAAUCAAGAAUUGAACAAACAUUUAAUUUUCGUUUUACGAAAUAUAAUGGUACCGGUUCUUUAAUUAAAUAAAAAUUGUUACUUGCGUUUUUAUGAGGAUUCUAUAUUUUCUGUAAUUCUAUAUGUAUGUACAAAAGGAUUUUUCAAUAUUUUUCGCAUUAAACUGUGUCAGGUUGACCUUCGUAAAAUUUAA